AUGGAGACAAAGUGGCACUACUGCGCAGCAUUAGGCGGAUCAGCUCUGCUUGCUUGGUGGCUGUGGAAAAAGCGAAGGGACCCCUACGGCUUUGACACUGUCGUGGAUCGGAGGGGCUUCAAUACUGUCAAAUAUGAUUUGUCACCAGUGCUAUUUGGGGAAGAAGCUCGAGAUUGCCUUCAGCACUGGGUGGCGGACAUGGAUUUCCCCUGCUGCGAGAAGAUCCAAAAGGCACUCGCUAAGCGAAUGUCUCAUCCUACCUAUGGAUACACCAUUCUGCCUCAUGAGGUUUGGAGAAUUGUAGGCCAAUGGCUCGUGGAGAAUCAGAAUUGGCCCAGUCCACCAAGUCCCGAAUGCUUUGUCUUCUCUGGUACAGUGCUCUCGAGCGUGGGGAGCAUUCUACGCACUUUCACUAGUCCGGGAGACAAGGUUCUCACCAUGGUGCCCUUAUAUCCACCUUUGCAGACAGUCGUGUCGGCAGCUGGCCGCAGCUUGGUACCGUACCAGCUGCCGAUGAGAAAGGACGCGCAAGGUACUUGUCGUUACGAGAUGGACGUGGAGGGGCUGAAGAAGGUAUUUGAUCAAGAGAAGGUGAAGGCCUUGAUACUUUGUAGUCCCCACAACCCCGUGGGCCGUGUUUGGACUCGUGAAGAGUUGGAAGCUUUAGCAAAGGCGUGCAAAGAGCGUGAUAUUUUAGUGAUGGUGGAUGAAGUUUGGGCCGACUGGUGUUGGAAGCCAUUUGUCCCAUUUCAUCCCAUCGCCAAGAGUCUCGGGUGCAGAUGCAUCAGCCUUGGCUCGCCCACCAAGACCUGGAAUCUGGCAGGGCUGCACUGUUCGUAUGCCAUCAUUGACGAUGCAGAGAUGCUACGGAGUUUCAAGCAGUAUGUCGAGCCUCAGUUUUUACAUCACUGCAGUAUUUUUGGAGCUGAAGCCAUGCGACUGGCAUAUGGUAGCAAAGAGUGGAUGCAUGCGGUCAGAGCCUACGUGAAUGCAAACUUCAUUUACUUGGGAGAGAAGUUGAAAGAAAUUCAGGGUAUUCAGCUGGCAGAACAUGAGGCCACUUAUUUGGCCUGGUUGGACUGCUCUGGCCUUGGCCUUGACAAGAACCAAGUCCACUCAUGGUUGAUUCAGGAAGGUUUGGUUCUUUCAUCCGGCAGUGAUUUUCACCAAGACUGUGGGCACUUCCAGCGGAUGAAUUUGGCUUGCAGCAGGCAGAAACUUCAAGAAGCUCUAGAGAGGCUGAAACAUGCCGUGGCGAAGAUGAAGAGUUGA